UUUAAAGAGAAAUUGUGUUCGGUAUGGCGUGGUGCCGUACAAAGGGAGCUCACCGCGCGCGAGACUUGUUGAAAAUCAAGUUCGAAGUUUCUUCCUUUUCCCAAGUUCGUCAUGCCCACCCGGCUUUCACUGAUGAGGAGUUCACUCUCAGAAAGAAGGCCAUGGCUCGAUUUCGUAAAGACAAUGAGGAUUGGAUGAAGAAGAAGAUUAAAAGCACUAUCCCAACAUUAGAUCUGGGGUAUAUGACUACGAAGAGUGAGGGUCUAGCGGAAUACAGUGAAGAACCGGAGUAUCCUCCUCUGUUCGAUUGCUCCAAAGAAGGUUUAACGAAGUACAAGAGGGACAGAUGGAUACAGAGAAUCCGGGAAUAUCCGACAGUGGAGGAGAAAAUGUUCUGGAUGAAUGAGCGGCGUUAUUACGGGUUCAACACGUAUGUGAUGCAACCUGAUCACGAACCGUACGGUGCACUGGACUUCCUGAAGGCAUCUACGAGAACUAAAUUAAUUCAAGGAUUGCCGGUCGAUUACGAAGAUCUGAACGCCGUUGCUGAUUCACUGCUGCCACGAGUAAAGGAAAAUAUUAUUUCUAAGUUGAGUUCUUUGUUGCGAGCUCAGCAUCUGAACGAUAGUUCUGACGUAAAUUCCGGCGAUGCGAUACAAACCCUCGUUGACGCUCUUUUAGAAGAGCUGUCGGGUGAUUUUGCGCAUCUGGAAAGUGCUUCGGUUGAUAUACGUCCUCGCGUGGAGGCUCAGUGGUUCUGCGGUGGGUUUUAUCCGCAUCGAAUGCGACGAAAACAGCUGAAAGGAAUCUGUGACGAGGAAGAUUAUUACAUGCAAAAAGUGUCUUAUCCAAUUCAGAUCGUUUGUGAUACUGCUGCGCAAAUCCGGACGCAAGACCCACUCCCUGCGUUUGUUGAUUUGAGUGAUGCUGUCGUUGAAAGCUCACCAGAUUCUAGCCCUAAGGAAUCGGGGAAAUAUGUAUUCGACGAUCUCUACGAUAUCAAUGAAGCACUCCAGCAGCGUGCCAUCAAAGCGGGCUUUGCUUGGACUUUCGCCCAAGCGACCUUCCAAGGAUUCGAGUGCUAUAAUGAUAUCACAUACCCGCUGGUCUCCCAGGGAGUCCUCACUGAUGGGCAGCGAUUCACAUUUUAUGCCUACCAAUUGAAUACCACCAAAUUGCAUGAUGAAUUCGUCGACGCGAAUCCGAAAUGGAAUCUCUGUUGGUGUUCAGAGGAUAUGAAGCUUUACAGUGACUUAGAUUCUGACGGGAAUAUCGUUGGUGUCAAUGACCAGGUGAUCCGUCUGUUGAUCAAAUUUCUCGUGAAGACCCCUAGUCGACGGCAAGGUGUGAACAUGACGCCGUACUUGGGCCCAGAAAAGUUUGUGCAGAAUCUGCCGGACGGUCCGUAUAAAGAUUAUAUCGCAGAACAGUUCAAGUUCAUGGCUUCAAAUCGUCCUAGGAUGAUGCCUCGUCCGGAAAUAUACAUGUGGGAAAAAAUUUACAAAAUUGAUCAUCCUCGAAGACCUCGCGACGCGCGGACAAGGUUUUUCGAGCUUAAGAAGAACCCGAAUCCAUCAAUCGAAGAGCGAUUGCGAGAUUCUUUCAGGAUAUUCAUUGACAAUGAGUUCGUGGAUGCAGUAAGCGGGAAAACAUUUCAAGUGCUCAAUCCAUCCACCGAAGAAGUACUCUGCGAUGUUGCUGAAGGUGACGUUGCAGAUGUGGAUAAGGCGGUGCAGGCAGCCCAGCGAGCCUUUGCUCUGGGUUCAACCUGGCGCACCAUUGAUGCCUCAGAGCGAGGAGUAGUGAUGAAUCGACUGUGUGCUUUGAUCGAAAAAAAUACGGAUUACAUCGCAAAGCUAGAAGCGCUCAAUAAUGGCAAAGCAUUGAAGUAUGCCGCCGAUGAUGUGGGUUAUUCACUUUCUGUUCUACGUUACUAUGCUGGGUAUGCUGACAAAAUCCAUGGAAAGAAUGUCCCGAUCGAUGGCGACUUUUUCUCUGUGACGAAGCCGCAUCCUGUUGGUGUCGUCGGUCAGAUCAUCCCAUGGAAUUACCCUCUCUUGAUGCUUGCUUGGAAGUGGGGCCCGGCAUUGGCGGCUGGUUGCACCGUGGUUCUCAAGCCAGAUGAGCGAACUCCGUUGACAGCCUUGUUCGUUGCACAACUGGCGAAAGAAGCGGGAUUUCCUCCAGGAGUCAUCAACGUGGUCCCUGGCUUUGGCAGCGUUGUCGGAGCUGCUAUUGCGAGCCACAUGGGGAUAAACAAAGUUGCAUUUACGGGAUCUGUUCCGGUUGGAAAACUCGUCAUGGAAGCCGCGGCGAAAUCGAACCUUAAGCGAGUACUUCUGGAGUUGGGUGGGAAGUCUCCUCUUUGUGUUUUUGCCGACACCGAUGUUGACGAAGCCGUCAAGAUUUGCCACAACGCUAUUUUUAUGAAUCAUGGGCAAAAUUGCUGCGCGGGUUCGCGUACUCUGGUGCAGGAUAAAAUCUACGAUGAGUUCGUUCGUAAGGCCACGGCAAUGGCUAAAGAGAGGAAAGUUGGGGAUCCUUUUGCUGCAGACACCGAACAAGGUCCCUUGAUUGAUGCGAACCAGGUGAAACGCGUACUUGGGUUUAUAGAAGCGGGGAAGAAGGAAGGAGCGAGGCUGCUCACUGGAGGAGGCAGACUUCCUGUUAAAGGCUUCUUCGUAGAGCCAACUGUGUUCGCUGAUGUGCAAGACUCCAUGAGCAUUGGCAAAGAAGAGAUUUUUGGACCUGUGCAGAUCAUCCAGAAGUUCAGUACGAUGGAAGAACUGAUCCCGCGAGUUAAUUCGUCUACGUUUGGCUUGGCUGCUGGAGUUAUUACGGAUGAUGUCACGAAAGCAAUGACUUUUGCGAACUCAGUAGAAGCAGGGUCCGUUUGGGUUAACUGCUAUGAUAUCGUUGCUGCUCAAGCUCCGUUUGGAGGAUUCAAGAUGAGCGGACAGGGACGCGAGCUAAGCAUGGCUGUGAUUAAGAAGUUUGAAGUGCCUUACUUCAGAACUCCGAUUUCGUUUUCAUUUGGUUAUUAUGAUGGAGAAUGCUUCUGUUACCUGAUGCUGUGUUCCCAUAAUCGGCGCCGGGAUCGCGAUUCAAAUGCAAAUCUGGAAGAAAUGGCCUCCAUGCAUCACGACCAAGACAUUCGCACGAUACCCGCACUUGAGUGCAUUUAA